AAUGGAAACGUUUCAUAAGCUACCUGGCAGAAGACAUAGAUAAAUUGAUGAACAAAUAGCCCUACUUAUUUAAUUCCGAAAUGGGCCAUUCAGCAUAAUUAGUACUUUUGGCACUUGGAGUAUGUUUAGUGCUACUACUUUUGUAAUUUUACUUUUAGAAUUUGAAUGCAGGACAUAGUAGGCUAUUUCUAAAUUGUGGCAUUACUACUUAUAGCCCACUUGAGUAAAACAUGAGCAAGCCUACUUCUUCCACCAGUGCCCAUUUAUGCUAGGCCUAUUAGGUUUUAACAUUUAGGCUAAUACAACUUUUUAAUCCUUGGGCUUUGCAGUGGUGAAUCUUGUAACUUGAUACGAUGUGUGGAUGGCAGUCGUUGUGCUUUUGUCGCGUGUCCAUUCAGUAUGUGCUGCUGCUGCCUCGUCAGCCUUUCUCUAUGCUGCCGUUGUGAAACACAAAAGACCACGAUCGCCUUUCUCUGCAACAAUAACGGGGCUGAACAUGACCUGUGACAUCACCCGAACUGUUCACUGUUCACCGGAGACCCAAAAGUAACCUUUUUUCUGGUGGAUUUUGCUUCCUCGUAUUAAACGUCAUCCACUUUUCACAGUCUAGGAUUGAGGGUGGAGGGUUGGGGAUGGACCGUUUGCCGUGGGAACGGACUCCUAUCCCAUCAUUGAGCUGAUGAGAAGAAAACAAACUGCAAAGAUAAUCUGAGUAACUUUUAAUGUUUCUGGGGUUGUUUCGUGUAUCUUUGUGGUGUUACAAUUGAAUCAAAGAUGUCUGGGACCAAACCACCCCAUGAUGAGUUUCCAGACUCUGAUCCAGAGGAGCUGACAGAGGUGGUGUGUCUGGAGUCAGACCUGCAGGAUGGACAGAUGAAGGAGGUUGAAGUGGGACACCACAGCCUGCUGUUGACUCACAGCGAGGGCAAAUGGAGUGCCAUUGGUAACCAGUGUACUCACUACGGCGCUCCGCUCAGCAAAGGGUUUAUUUCAGGCCACACAGUGCGCUGCCCGUGGCACGGCUCCUGUUUCAACGCCCAUACAGGAGAUCUUGAGGAGUUCCCUGGCAUGGACUGUUUACCCUGCCACAAGGUCAAAAUUCAAGACAGCAAAGUGUAUGUGACUAUCAACAAAAAGACUCUCAGGCAGGAAAAAAGAGUAAAGAGGAUGGGUGCUGCAGUGCCAGAAGUUAAUCACACUGUCCUGCUGCUGGGAGGAGGGGCUGCGUCAUUGAUCUGCGCUGAGACUCUGCGGCAGGAAAACUUCGGUGGCAGAAUUAUCAUGGCCAGCCGAGACGAACUUCUCCCUUAUGACAAAACCCGCCUCAGCAAGGUAAUGAAUGUGGAGAGUGAGAGUAUUCUGCUGAGGAGGAUGGAGUUUUACCAUCAGUACGACAUUGAGGUGUGGCUCAGGAAAGAAGCGCUGUCACUGGACACAGACAAGAAGACCGUCACAUUUGAUGACGGUUCAGUCCAGAGCUAUGACCAGCUCCUCAUCUCAACAGGAUGCAGAGCAAAGGGUCUGGAUUUGCCUGGCAUGAAGUUGGACAACGUCAAGAUGUUGGAGACACCAGAGGACGCCCGCCAAAUCCAUGCAGCCUGUCUGGGCUGCAACGUCGUCCUCGUGGGAACCUCUUUCGUUGGCAUGGAAAUCGCAUCUUAUUUGCUAGACAAAGCCUCCAGCAUCACAGUGAUCGGCAGCAGCGAGCUGCCGUACCAGAACACGCUGGGCCGUGAAGUUGGCAGAUACACAAUGAAGAUGCUUUCAGAGAAAAAUGUGAAAUUCUACAUGAAUGAUAAUGUGACAGAGGUCAAAGGUGUGGAUGGCAAGGUGAAGGAGGUUGUGCUUAAAAGUGGAAAGGUUAUCCCCGCUGAUGUUUUGAUUGUUGGUAUUGGCAUCAAACCUAACUCAGAGUUUCUGCAGGGCAGCAAAAUACAGAUGGACUCAAAAAACUUUGUAACAGUCAACAAGUACAUGUGCACCAAUGUCCCUGGUGUGUUCUGUGGGGGCGACCUGGCCACCUUCCCCCUGGCGAUGGCCAAAAACCAGCUGGUCAACAUCGGACACUGGCAGAUGGCACAAGCACAUGGGAGGAUAGUAGCUCUGAACAUGCUGGACAAACCGACUGAACUCAACUCAGUUCCUUUCUACUGGACCGUCCUAUUGGGUACGACCAUCCGAUAUGCAGGCUAUGGAGAGGGAUACACUGACAUUGUAAUGAAAGGGAAGUUUGAGGACAACAAGUUCCUGGCUUUCUACAUGAAGAAUGAUGAGGUCAUAGCAGCAGCUAGCCUAGACUACGACCCAGCAGUGUCUGCAGUAGCUGAGAGGUUAGCAACAGGAAAAGUCAUCACGAGGAAAGAGGCUGAAUCAGAUGACCUGAGCUGGUUGCAAUUGUCCUGAUCUACACUUUCCUCCACUCAUACGCUCAACACAUCAUCUGUACAGUGUCAAAGUGCAGCCAGCACGUCAUUCAUCCGUCUCGCCGUCACCAC